GGAGGGAGAGAGAGGGGGAGAGGGAAGAAACUGCUUUCCGAACGACAAAAACAAGUGUCUUCUAUAUGGGAUUAUAAAAUUGCUGUGUGUUCUUUGAGAGAGAUCUUGUGGGUAGAUAAGUUGGGGAGAUACUACAAGACGGACAACUAAACAGCUGCUCCUCUGUAGACACAUCCAUACGAUGCGCAGACAGAAUGUCCAUUCCACUUGUUUGAAGAUAUUUUGAGACUGGUGAGGUGACCUGAAUAAUUCUGAGGAAUAUCUGAGCUACACACACAGGUUCCUCAGACCCAGUGUGACCGUCCCAUUGGACUAUCUGGGGGCGCUGUCACUCAUCUCUCACUAUGAUGCAGCGGGACGAUCUGUCUGCCAUGGAGGAGUUCAGCUACACCCAGAUGCCCACGCUGGAGAGGGGGGGUGGCGGGGGUACGGUGGGCCGGCGGGGGUGUGCGGAGAGGGAGCGGCCAGAGAGCUACACGGUGGACGUGAGGGCCAGUGACCUGCAGCUUGCCCACUCUGAGAAGCCCAUGCACCCCUGCCUCAGCUACAGGACCUGGCUCUACAGCGUCCUCAUUGGGAGCAGUCUGUUGGUCACAGCAGGCUUCUCUCUCUACCUGGGCAAUGUGUUCCCUGCUGCUAUGGACUAUCUGCGCUGUGCUGCAGGCUCGAGUGUCCCGGCAGCAGUUGUUAGCUUUGCCAUUGCCAAGAACCAUCAUGUUGCAGUGUCAGAUUUCCAGGUGGUAUUUGUGUCCACCUUCGCUGUGACGACCACUUGCCUGGUGUGGUUUGGCUGUAAGCUGGUGUUGAGUCCCUCUGCUGUCAAUAUCAACUUUAACCUCAUCCUGCUGAUUCUGCUGGAGGUGCUGAUGGCCAGUACAGUCAUCCUGUCUGCACGCUCUGCAGAGGACUGCUGUAGCCACAGGAAGCCCGUGACAUAUGACGGUCCUGUGGUUCUGACACCGGCCGUCUUUCCCACCCGACUUCUAAAGGCCUACUCUGUGAUUGAGGUGAUAGUAGGAAUCUCGGCUGUGUUUGGCGGUAUCAUCGCUCUCAACAUGGACGUCUUGCUCCCUGGUCCAUACCUGUCUGUCACCUUCUUCUGGAUCUUAGUGGCUUGUUUCCCCAGUGCCAUUGCCAGCCAUGUCGUGGCAGAAUACCCCAACAAGUGUCUGGUGGAGAUGCUGAUUGCCAUCAGCAGUGUGACGUCCCCACUGCUCUUCUCAGCCUCAGGCUUCCUCUCCUGCAGUGUGCUCAGUUUCAUUGACAUCUUCCUGCAUGAGGUGCCUACAGCCAAGCAAUCGUAUGAGAUCCUGCUGCUGAUUCUGAUGGCGCUGCUGCUGGUGCAGGCAGUUCUGACUCUGGCCACCGUGGUGCACUGUGCCUCCUACAAGAGCCAGCUCCGCUUGGGGGGUCCAGAGUGGGAUGACAGCCUGCAGCUCCCAGCCUUCCACUCAGAGCAACAAGCAUCCAAUGGAACACUGCGGGAGUUUGACAAAGACAAGGCCUGGAAGGCGGUUGUGGUCCAAAUGGCACAGUGAACAGAGGAGGAGGAGAAGGAGGACAAAACAGAAAAGACAGACAAGGGAGAGGAAGAAAAAAUAAAUAAUGAAUACCGUCAGUCAGUUUCCCUGUCAGAGAAAAGAAAAAGGAAAGGAGCAAAUCAAAUCAAAUCAAAGGAGCAAGGACAGGGGGAGGACAAAAGAGUGAGGGGAUGGAGAGGAAGGACACAGUAGGAAGUGUGUGACAUCAUAAGCAUUCACAUAUCUCUGAGGUCUACAUUUUAAAACAUGCUACAACAAUCUCCUUACUGUGUACAAUCUGUAGACAAUUGAGUACUCUCAUGUCUCCUUGUACUGUAUUUGCGGCACAGUAUUCUUUCAGUCUUUGUCUGUAUGUAGUUAUCUUUAUAUAUAGAGCUUUAGGUCUAAUUGAUAUUUACAUGGAGAUUUACAUAUACAACAGACCUUCAGUUCUUUACUGUAAAACUAUUGUCUUCUUUAGAUACAGUUGGUGAUUGUAUUUCUGUCAUGUCGACAAAUAAAACAAUUUAUACAGCA